AUGGGUCGCCGCCAAGUCGCGAAAAGAAAAAGGGCCACUGACUUAAUUCGCCCCGGCCCGGAUGGAAAGCUCUGCCUUCCUGAAAGCGCGGGCUCGGUCACCUACGUCCCGAGUUUUCUCUCCCAAGCCGACGCAAAUCUGCUGCUUGAAGAGACCAAAGACGCAUGUUCCUGGGAGCGCACGCCGAUCACCUUUUUCGGCAAGUCCGUGCUGCAACCUAGAGACACUGCCUUCUUCGGCACCAAGCUCUACUCGUACAGCGACGAAAGAAGAAUGCCGACGGGAUGGGAGGAGGACUUGCCCGCAUCAGCCGCACUUAAACGCUUGGGCAACCAGAUCGAAGACCAUCUGCAGCUGCCCAAGGAUUGGUUCAACGUGAUUCUGGCGAAUCGCUACUGGCACGGACAGGACUUCAUGGGCUGGCAUUCGGACAAUGAGAAGUCGCUGGGCGAUCACCCUAUUAUUGCGUCGAUUUCUUUGGGGGCGGAGCGCCGCUUUCUUCUUCGGAAGAAGGGUGUGGUGCAAGAGGGGGAGCAGAGAGAAAAGUUGGAGUAUGUUCUCAAGCAUGGCUCCUUACUCGUCAUGACCGGAACGAUGCAGAAGACUUACCAGCAUAGUUUGCCAAAAGUUGCGCUGUCCAAGUGUGACCAGCUCCGCUUGAACUUUACGUUUCGUCGCGUCGUAGAUGAGAGCGACCAGAGUAAAGGCUAG